AUGCGACGUUUAACGUUAUCAAACUCUUCUAAAAUUGUACAGUUUUUAUCAAGAAAUUUUACGAAAAGUACUGAUGAUGCUCUUAUAGUUGGACACAAUCAAAAAUGUAUACGUGAUUGUGAGGUAUUUAAAGUUACCACAAGUGACUUUGCUGGAUCAUUUGAUGAUAUUGUUUUAAGAAGAGCUUCUGCAGGAGGUAUCUUAUCUUUUCUUGAUACUUGUGGUGGACGUACAGCUAUCUCUUUUCUUGUUGGCUACAAUAACCAAGAUCGUGAUAUCAUUAAGAAAUCCGUAGGUGUGACGAUAGCAACUGUAUCAUUUAAUGCCUUUAUGUUUCGUCGUCCUGUUUAUAUGGGAGAUCUUGUGGUUGUGCAGGGUAGUGUUAUCUACGCUGGUAAAAGUUCUCUUGGGAUACACCUUAAUGUGGAGCGACAGGGAUAUGAUGCCCGUACACCGAGUUAUGUGGGAGAGUGUUAUUUAACUAUGGUGUGUGUCUCUCCAAUGAAACUAGAUACUGUGGUGAAGGAUGUGGUUCCCGCACUUCGACUAACAUCUAAAAUAGAUAAGGAACGAUAUCAACUUUAUACAGCUAUUCGUGAUAUACAAAAGAAAACAAAGGAGGCUACAAGAGAAAAAAUAGUGGAUGGACGACAGGAGAUAAUUGAGGAUGAUGUAAAUCGGGAUAAACCUAUAAAAGUACCUAUUUCAGAAACUACGACGUAUGGAAAUAGAGCAUAUAGUCCAGCUGAUGUGAAUUUUAAUAACGCUAUAUUUGGUGGUGCUAUUCUCCGAUGGAUGGAAGAACAUGCUUGUCAUUGUGGACGUGUCUUUACUGGAAAUCCUCAUGUUUAUACUAUUGGUAUGCAUAAUAUGUUGUUUGACCGUCCUAUUUUUUAUUCAGAUUCCACAUCUUUAGAAGCUAGAGUUGUUUACGUACGUCAUACAACUAUGGAGGUGGAUGUUGAUAUAGUGGUAGAGCGAGAUGGUUCUUUUGUCACAUCUAAUCGGGCUUCCUUUGUGCUUAUUUCUAUGGAUGAGAAGGGGAAUAAAGUUCCUAUUCCAAAAGGGAUUGAUCUGAAAAAUAGUUCAGCAGAACAUUUAAAAGAUUAUCUUAAAGCAAGAAUUCGCUAUUACACCAGUUUGGAGGUAAAACAGCAAAAAACACCUCUUUAA